AUGAGUUGUCAGGCUACCAAGUUCUUGGUUUUGAAAGUCAUCACCAGGGCUUUGUUUUUGGCUUUUGUCAUCGUUUCACUCCCUUGGCUUAACACCGCAAUUGGAGAUCUUACGUCGAAGUUGAACAAUGGAGCCAGGGUUUCAUCUGUUGCUGAUCAGAUAGCUGUAGAUGAUCCCAAUGACGCCGUAGGGACGCUAUCCGUGUUGUUUCAUGAUUUGGCGAACGAAGGCCUUCUCAAAAUGGGCGACCGAGCCCUCAUUAUCAGCAAUGGUGACGAUCAUGAAGCAGCUAUAUUCAACACUCAAGCCAUCAGCGACUACAACAUGGACGUGGUUUCCUGCUCGGACGUGGAGCGACAGAGUUUGAUCCCCAAUCAGACGUAUGAUUUAGUGUUCGUCCGUGAUUUCCAUGCAGCUUCAGAAUUGAUUGAACGGAUUAUCAAGAAAGAUGGGACGGUAACUGUCCAGCUCAAUUCAGGUGGUGCCUGCGGGCAAACAUUCAGCAGCAGCAAGGAGACGAUUGCUCGGCUUAACACGGAAGUAAAGAAGAAAGCCCUUAACAAUCUCGAAGACGUGUUACUCGAACCGCCAAGAGCCGCGUCAGGGAAAUCAAACAGCUAUCGAAAGCGAACUAGAUUCUUACCAGACUUGAUUGGUGACUCCCUCGAGAGCUACUCGCGCAGAGUGUUCAUCGACGUCGGUUUGCCUGACAAAAACGACGACUCAUCAGGUGAUGUUAGCUGGUUUAAAAAGAACUAUCCUACUAAGAACACCGAGUUUGAGGUGUACAAGAUUGAGACCGUGAAUGAAGGACCAUCAAGAGAAGAGGUAGCUCAAAUCGGGAUGUCUGAUUGGCUAAGGAAGAAUCUGAAAGGGAAUGAAUAUGUUGUGAUGAAGGCGGAGGCUGAAGUGGUGGAGGAAUUGGUAAGGAGCAAAGCUAUAAAGUUAGUGGAUGAAUUGUUCUUGGAGUGUAAGCAUAGAGGUAUAAAGAAAAGUGUCAAAAGAAGUAGGAGAGCCUAUUGGGAAUGCUUGGCUUUGUAUGGAUCGUUGAGAGAUGAGGGUAUUGCAGUGCACCAGUGGUGGGGUUGA